AUGGCCUGGCUGAACAACACCCUGCCGCCGUUCAUGACUCGAGACUUCAUGGUCGCCCCUUUUAGACCACUGAAAGAGACGAUUCAGGCAGCCUCAGAAACCUGGACUGGGGAGAGCCUCCUCUACGGCCUCGAUAUGAAUUGCGAAGAAGCCAGCAUUGUUCUGAAUUCUGGGUUUCUGCCAAAUGAAACGAAUCAGGUUGGCUCAUCAUUCUGGUCCAGUUCGAGUGGGUGCAAAGUUGGUAGACCGUACGGCAUGACCGGGAACCAGACAAUGGGCGGCUCAGGAACGAAUGAGAUCAAGGAGUUUUCAGCGCUGUAUGCCGGAUACGAUAACGCGAAUGGAUUUGCGGAUUAUUACAUGUCGCAGUAUUGUCCGAAAAGCGUCCCUCGCAUCUUCUAUGCUGCGUUCAACCGCAACAAGAAGACAAACGAAACUGUCCCCGAAGAACCCACAGUUUUGUUCUGCGAACCAAGCUUCUUUACCCAAGCCGUUAACGCUACGAUCACCCUACCUCAGAAGCACGUCACCUCUGCUGUACCCUUUGGACCGAAGCUACCGUUUCCCGAGGACAAGUUCAACAUCACAAAUCUCCUAUGGCGGAUGAACUCUGAAACACAGGGAGGAAAGGUUAGAAGCGAUGUACCGGUGCGUACAUGGCCGGACCAGUCAGAACAGCUGUCGACAACCAACCUGAGCCUUAGAGUCUUUGGAUCCGAUCUGCCACUCAUAGCCGGAAUAGCAAUCGGAGCUUAUCCUCGUCCUCUAGAAGACUAUCUGGAUCCAGAGAUUUUGCGUCGCUCAUAUGAAGCGGCAUACCGUCUUAUCUUCGCGCGAGCAUUGGUCGAUAUUGUUGGACUGGAUGACUCCCAAGAUGAAAUUCGCCUCGGGGAGAGAACGUACAGCGUACAAACGGUCCUGAUGGUGCCAGCCUUUACCUAUCUGGUUGAAGGUCUCCUUGGCGCCGUCGCACUUUUUGCUACCGCACUUCUUUACCUUUGUCUAUCUCGAAAGCGGAACCUACGAUUCGACCCCGCCACCAUCGCCGCGCUGAUGUCUUUGGUAAUGGACGACAAGAAACUGACACAGUGCUUUGAAAGCAUGGACAGGUGUACUCCGAAAGAGCUACAGGAUGCCUUCAAAGACAAGAAGUUUGAGCUCCAGUACGACGGACACCGAAGUGCAUUGACUUGUGUUGCAGCCGAUUCUAGUCAGCCCGUUGAUGGCUGUGGUCCCAAAGCAGGCCAUACCAAGCGCGAUGUAGCCACGGACGGCAUUCGGCCUUUUGAAUUCCGCUUCCUGUCGUCGUUUGCAUUUAUCUCCCUGCAGGUCGUGGCACUAGCUGUGUUUGCGGUCUUGUACAUCAGAGCUCAACCAUACGGUAAGUCGAAACCGCAAUUCUUCCGCCAUACCGAUUAUUACAUCCUUACUCACGGCGGGAUAGGCUUAGCAUUACCUUCAAGAAAUCGAUUUGUUAGACAGCUUCUAGAGAGCUACAUCCCAACAGUGCUUGCCACGUUUAUCGAGCCGGUGUGGGUGGUUAUUAACCGUCUGCUCUGCAUGCUCCAGCCAUUCGAGGAGCUUCGCCAUGGUCAUGCACCAGCACGGAGAUCGCUGACAUUAGACUACGCAUCGCUGCCGCCGCAGUUAACGAUUUGGAAGGCACUACGUUCUCGACACUUCGUCCUUACUGCCGUUUGCGGAAUGGCUCUUCUUGCCAACAUUCUCGCAAUCGCCUUUAGUGGGCUGUUCAACGAAAGGAUAGUCAGCGUUCCGCACCCCGCAACAUUCGUGCAGCCGUAUAGGCCGUUGUUUGUCAAUAUCAACGGCUCAGUCGGGCCCGAUACGCGUGAUGGGACCUCUGGCGCUUUCACUGGCGGCAAAGGGCAGUCCCAGUUCUACCUAGCCAUGUCGAAUCUCACAUCUGGAAGCAAGCUGCCACCAUGGACAGACGGAAAGUUCGCGUACGUCCCGUUCUCUCAAGAGCCGCUAUUAGAUUCUUCGCAUCACUUUCGAGCGCAAACGCGGGCGGUCGGCUCUCGACUGGACUGUGUACCUCUAAUCCAAGGCACGGCGGACACUUACAGCUACUCAAUCGACGAAGACCUCAUCGACAAUAACUUUACGUUCACCAUGCGGCGUGAAGAUGGCUCAUCCACCAACUGCGACGCAGUCGGCGUGGGCACUCGAAAUGAAAUUACGAUAACAAUGGAUCCAUGUCCGGCUGGACCUGCUGGCCUCGAGCUACUACUCCGCACUAGGGCGCCGCCCGGUGCAACAGACGCUGAGCGAGUCUUUUGCAACGAGAUGAUCGCCGCGGGUUGGGUGCGUAACCCCGGUCCAGAUGUUUGCGUUCAGAACAGAAACGCGACAAUAGAUCCAGCGAGGUCGACGUUCAUAGGCUGCCGCCCGAGGUUACUGACAGGCCUGGCCGAUGUACUUGUUGAUUCGUCUGGAUACGUUCAGGAAGCCGGUCCGCUACACAAUGUCACUGAGGAGCUGGAAUCCUAUUUUCGAAGCACGCCAUCUGAUCUGAUCCGACAAGCACAAUCUUACUUCGUAUACAACACUAAUAAUAAUUAUGCAGGAGUCGGCGCUGAAUGGCAUAAUGACUCUUUUGCAUCGGACUGGGAGAACUUCCUGAUAUCGAAGAAGUACAAUACCUCUCACCUGAUUGAUCCUUCGUUGUCAGCGCCGUCCUUCAACGAUAGCGCAACGCUGCUAGGAGGGAUCCACAGCUACCUGUUUGCCAUCUUCCUUGGCGAGAACCUGGAGAAGCUUCUUGAGCGAUCACCAACACCGCACAUCCCAUCUCUCGAGGGUUCUGUCAUCAUGCGAGAAACCCGCAUAUUCGUAUCCAAGCCACUCUUCCUCGUCGCGGAAGUCAUUCUGUCCAUUUACAUAAUCGUCACCAUCAUAGUGUACCUGCGGCGUCCCGGCAGAUUCCUCCCGCGUUUGCCGACGACCAUGGCGUCCGUGAUUGCGAGCUUUGCGGCUAGCGGUGCGGCUCAAGAUCUCCGCAGUACCUCUCACAUGUCCAAGAAGGAACGUAACGAGUAUCUGGACAAGCUGGAUCGACGCUACGGCUACGGCUCAUUUGUAGGAAUUGACGGCAAGCCUCAUGUUGGGAUCGAGAAACAGCCGUUUGUGAGACCGUCACCGAGCGAGCUUGGACGCCAGAGGACAGCUUGGUCGUUGAGGAGCAACAGCGGGUCGAAGGAUGGGUUGGUAACUCACGUGCAGGGUGUUUGA